AUGCGCCAGAAUAUCGCGGAUCUACGCAAACGUCGUGAGCUAGUCGAACUGCAAGCGCAAUUUGAAGCGGAGAAUAGACUCUUUGACGAGGCUCAGCGCAGACUAGAGGCUGUGCGCGCGCCGGCGCCGGAGAGUCACGGUGUACCUGCCCACGCCAAUUCCAUUAUCAAUAUCAAUACCAAUGCCAAUGCCAGUUCGGUCACGCAGUCCCCAUCGAAACAGUCAACGAUUACGAAUGGGGCAUCAGCUCUUCUCAGCCCGCAGAUGGAUGGUGGUGGUUUCACCAUCAAGGGCACGGCGCACACUCAAGCUGUGGAUCAAUUUAUGGAUUCUCUACAGGGUGAUAUGAGUAGAGCAGAGCCUGAGUUGCCUCCGGUACCUGAUGAGGGCUCUGUGAAUGGCGGCUUGCGGUCUACUUCACAAUCUGCCCUUACCCCUAUUGAACCCCCCCCCGGACGCCGGGACAUCGGCUUCAAAGUCAACAUUCGCGUCGCCCCAGCGGACCAGCAAAUCCUCUCUCGCCCAUCACUGAACAGGAGCCUUGUCUUACGGACUCGUUCGCAGGUCUCCGAAGCGGUGUUAGGCUCGGAACACUCGACAGUGAUAAGCGAGGAGCAUGAAAGUGAUCAAUCAGACGGUAGCCACAGCGGAAUCUCCGAUCCAGAUGAGUCGAUGGGCAUGGACCAGAGCAGCUCGCCCCAAAUCCCACCGCAAACGCCUAGAGGCCCGGCACGUGCGAUAUCAACCGGCCCAUCGAACUGGGAGCCUCGUGGCUUGCAACACCCGGCACCUCGACCAAAUGUGCCUCCAUACCAAGCUGCUAGCUGGGGGAGACGAAGAGGCUUCUGUCGAACCUAG